GAAAUCCCCACAAAUACGGCACACAUUCUCAUAGUUUGCAAAACUUUCAAAACUUUCCUCAACUUUUGCUUAACUUUUGAUUCAAAAGCAAAUAGUUGUCAGAAAAGGGUUUCAGUAGACGAGAGACAGGCUUUAGUUCGCGUCAUGUCUUCAGCACAGAGUAUACCUCAACAGAUGAUGACUUCGGAUAUAGAUAUCGAUCGGUCUUUCGAGACGUGGGUUAAUACAAGUCUUCAGCGAAAGCCAGAUUUGGCCCAAAAGAUUAAUUGUGUCUAUCAGAUCAAUAUCAGACAAAAGCCUAACUCCGUGUCCACUUGGAUCCUGGACCUCAGCCAAGGGUCCGGUGCUCUGUAUAGACAGGCCAAGAAUGAGGUGAAGUGCAGUCUCACCAUCGAUGAGAGUGAUCUGAUCCAAGCCAUUAUGAAUAAGAGUCACUUGCAUAAGUUAUUCUUUGAGCGCAAGAUGUCAUUGAAAGGGACGAGAGUUGCGUUGGAAAAGUUGCAACAGUUUUGGGUCGAGACAGACAAGUGUAACGAAGACUUCAAAUUCAUUAGCAAAGGAACCCAUGAUAAGCCUAUUAAUGGCAAUCAAUGGGAUCUCUUUGAUUUCACUUCUAAUGGAUUCAAAAGUGAUAUCAUAUUCCAUACCCUCAAGAAUCGUAUGCAUGAGGAGGAAGACAUUGUCCGCAAACUCACUGGUAUUAUGCAGUUUGAUAUCACCAAAGAUGAGACCAAAUCUGUUUGGACCAUUGACUUCACCAAACCGUUGGGUCAGAACGUAUAUCGGGGAACAUCUCCAGAGAAACCCGUUUGUAUCCUAACGAUGGGAGACGAAGACUUCGCCAAAAUGAUGGUCAAUAAGUUUAACCCACAAAAGGCAUUUAUGUUGGGAAAGAUGAAAGUGAAGGGACAGAUACUGUCGAUCUAUAAGUUAUUCACCGUUUGGGUUGAGGCGGCGUUCAAGAAGAAGAAGGCACCGGAAGUGCCAUAUAUUGAGAAUAUUCUGUUUAAUAGCGACUUAAUACCUGGUCUUAAGAGUGAGAUAAUGGUGUUUAGACUCAUUCAACGGUUUGUCAAAUGUCCGCAAUUAUGUGCAGAAGUCGGCGGUUUCUAUUACUUUGAUAUCACUAUAGAUGGCAAAGUUGUGUCCAAAUGGAAACUGGAUUUCACAGAAAAUAAAGUGUGCGGGAUAUUCACCCGUCAACCACUCGACAGCCAACAGACAUCACAACCACUUAUUGUCAUCGAAGACGAGGAUUUUGCACUCAUUUCUCUAAAUCAAUUAGAUAUCCAAAAGGCCAUGACAUCUCAACGAAUCAAAGGUGACAUCAAAUUAGCGCCAAAGUUAGUGAAGAUAUUUCAGUUACCUGUCAUUCACAGUAAACUUUAGACAUGUUUUUAGAUUUUAUGCUUAAAUAUUAUAUUUAAAA